AUGGUUUUCAAGAGCGACAGCCCGACCAUCCUGCGAAUCCAGGAGCAGACGGCAAUUUGCGGCAAAGCCACCAACGAGAAAGGCAAGCACCGCGACCUCGGACCUCCGCAGAUCUACGCGAUGGGCGGACUACUGGCAGCGGCGAAGGAACUCCCACUCGAGGACCAGCUCAAGACGAACGUCACAAAAAUAUUCACGGAUUACGGCAACUACGACAACGAGCAGCAGUCCAAGCUAGUGCUCUCCUGCACGGUCGGCCGCAUGUACGAGAAGCAGAAGAAAUGGGGCUCACGAGAGGCCGGGCACGCUCGGGGGUACAGCCAGGAAGAGAGGCAUGCGCAGCGGGUGGCGGCGGCGGCGGCGCGGGCAGAGCCUGAAGAAGACUCGGGGGCGCUGGAGGGCUUCGACGCCGCCUGGGGCACUCUGCUGCGCUCGUUGACCUGGAAGUGCGUGCCCCCGCUCGACGCGCAAGGAGUGCCGCGCGCGGCCGCCCCCUGCCAGCCGCCGCCCCGCGCCUUCCACGCGGCCGUGUCGCUGGCGCCCGCGGGGGUGCCGAUGCUGCUGGUCUACGGAGGCUGGCACCCGCGCAUGGGCAACUUCGGCGACAUCUGGGCCGCGAAGUUGGACCCGUGGAUUGGGGACCCGGACCGCGCGCAGGAGGCCGCGUCCGCGCGGGGCGCUUGCGGCGUGGCCGAUCGAGCCGCGGAGGCCGACCGCCGCUUCCGGGGCGAACUCUGCCCUCCGGGCUCCGGGGGGCCCCAGGAGGGCAGCGACGACGAGAGUGACUUCGACGAGCACUUCGGGAGAAUGGUCAACGUGAACGGCCGGAUCAUACCCAUGCAGUUGUUCGUUCAGAUUAUGCAGUCAUCGCCUCAGCGGGAGGGCACGCGCCGCAUCCAGGAACUCCUCUCCGCGCAGGAGGAGGGCAGCGACGAGGAGGACGACGAGAACGAGGACAGCGACGAGUGA